CGAGCCGCGGCCUCAAAGGAGACGCCAGGAAUGGUCAUGUGACCCGGCCCCACUACUCGCAGGGAUGGAGCCGGAAGAGGGGGUUCCCUUGUGGCGGCUACAGAAGCUUCCUGCCGAGCUGGGCCUGCAGCUUCUUCACAAAAUAAUUGAUGGCAUUUGUGGCCGAACUCAUCCUCUCUACCAGGAUUAUCACAGUGUUUGGGAUUCAACAGAAUGGAUGCAUGUUCUAGAAGACAUUACCAACUUUUUCAAAGCUGUAGUUGGUAAAAAUUUAUCUGAUGAAGAGAUAUCUCAGCAGUUGGAUCAGUUGAAUUCAUCUCAUCAAGAAGCUAUCAUGAAAUGCUUAAAAAGUAGGAAAGAUGAAAUCAAGCAGGCUCUGUUGGAAGAAAUAGUUGAUAUUUCCUCUUCACAGCUACAGGAUUUUGAUUGGCAGUUAAAGCUUGCACUUUCUAGUGACAAGAUUGCUACACUACAAAUGCCACUUUUAAACCUUCAUCUAGAUGUAAAAGAAAAUGGUGAAGUCAAGCCGUAUUCUGUUGAAAUGAGUAAAGAAGAGCUGCAGAAUCUAAUAAAUUCCUUGGAAGCAGCUAAUAAGGUGGUCCUGCAGUUGAAAUAACUGGAAAUGAUGAAUACCAACAUUAUCGGAUUCCACUGCUACAAGUGAUAUGGCAGAGUGAAUACCAUGUGUUAGAAAACCUGCAGUAUACUCUUAUGGCCCGCUGAGAAAGCAGCAGUGUUGAGAUUACAAAGACAACAAUUUAUCAACUUCCCUAAAGAACAGGAAAUUAUAUGGUUGACAAGAAAUGCAUUAAAACAUGAAAGAUGAAAAGGCUAUAAUAGCAGUUUAUAUUUUCAUAAUGACUGUUUUGCUUCAUUUAUUAAAUAUUUGAGAAACCUUUAUAGAUAUACAGUUUUAUUGAAAGCUAAAAGUAGGCUCUAAAGUAAUGUAAACUUACAAGCACAAAUAUACUUGAAUAUUGCUUAAAGAACUAUGUGAAUAGCAAGGAUGUUUAUUAUGGAUAUAUAUGGUUAAUUUGUGAUAUUUUUAAAAAAAUAACUUUUAAAGAAUGUAUAAGCUACAUCUGUAACUCAGGAGAUUCCAUGUUUUUCUCAUAUUUCAAAGGAAAGUUUAUAAAAUGUAAAAUUUCUAAGUGCUCCAGACAUGAAAAAACACUAAAUCUGUGUGAACGAUUUUGAGUUUUGAAUUCUAGAAACUAAAAUCUCAUAUUAGAACAUAGAUAAAAAUGAAAAUAACACUGUAACUUCUGUAUUUCUGUGUCUGAUCAGGAGAGUAUGCUCUGAUAAAAAGAAUACAUGUCAUUGCAUAGAGUAUACAUUACUAUCAAAAUGUCAGCUAAGACUGUAUAUAGACCACAUUUGUUGUAAACUCUUAAUUUGUUAUAAAUUCUUAAUGAAGUUUUGGAUGUUAACAACUUCAUUGGAAAACAGACCAUUUUUAA